UGCACUCCAGCCUGGGUGACAGAGCGAGACUCCGUCUCAAAAAAGAAAAGAAACAAAAGGAGACAUCAACGGUUACCACGGUUGCUUAUCUGGAGUGGGAGGACAGGGAGGGAUAGAUUUAAAAAGUUCAAACAACAUAAAAUAUGAAAUCUCAUAUUUUCAAGGUAAUGUCUAUUAAUAGGCAUAGAUCCUUCCUGAUCAUUACUGCAUGCAGCCAAAUACAGGUAUUUUGACAGAAGGUGAUUGCAUGUGGAUUACAAGGGGAGCCUGAUGGGUCCACACAGCCCAGGGGUUUGCAGGCAUUGUGACAGGCAUGGGAGAUGUUGGCAGCAGGUGCAGCGCCCUGCAGGCAGCUCUGGCGGGGAAAAGGAGAGAUUGAGCUUGAGAGGACGUGUGUGGUGAGUUGGAAACAUUUUCUGGCUCAGUGCACACCUGGCCAAGGAAGAGCAGAGGAGGAAAAAGAGGCGGCUGAAGAAGCGCAUCUUUGCAGCCGUGUCUGAGGGCUGCGUGGAGGAGCUGGUGGAGCUGCUGGUGGAGCUGCAGGAGCUUUGCAGACGGCGCCGUGACGAGGAUGUGCCUGACUUCCUCAUGCACAAGCUGACGGCCUCCGACACGGGGAAGACCUGCCUGAUGAAGGCCUUGUUAAACAUCAACCCCAACACCGAGGAGAUCGUGCGGGUCCUGCUUGCCUUUGCCGAAGAGAACGACAUCCUGGGCAGGUUCAUCAAUGCCGAGUACACAGAAGAGGCCUACGAAGGGCAGACGGCGCUGAACAUCGCCAUCGAGCGGCGCCAGGGGGACAUCGCGGCCGUGCUCAUCGCCGCCGGCGCCGACGUCAACGCCCACGCCAAGGGCGCCUUCUUCAACCCCAAGUACCAACACGAAGGCUUCUACUUCGGUGAGACGCCCCUGGCCCUGGCAGCCUGCACCAACCAGCCCGAGAUCGUGCAGCUGCUGAUGGACCACGAGCAGACGGACAUCACCUCGCAGGACUCGCGGGGCAACAACAUCCUCCACGCCCUGGUGACCGUGGCCGAGGACUUCAAGACGCAGAAUGACUUUGUGAAGCGCAUGUACGACAUGAUCCUACUGCGGAGUGGCAACUGGGAGCUGGAGACCACUCGCAACAACGAUGGCCUCACGCCGCUGCAGCUGGCCGCCAAGAUGGGCAAGGCCGAGAUCCUGAAGUACAUCCUCAGUCGUGAGAUCAAGGAGAAGCGGCUCCGGAGCCUGUCCAGGAAGUUCACUGACUGGGCGUACGGGCCCGUGUCGUCCUCCCUCUACGACCUCACCAACGUGGACACCACCACGGACAACUCCGUGCUGGAAAUCACCGUCUACAACACCAACAUCGACAACCGGCAUGAGAUGCUGACCCUGGAGCCGCUGCACACGCUGCUGCGGAUGAAGUGGAAGAAAUUUGCCAAGUACAUGUUCUUUCUGUCCUUCUGCUUUUAUUUCUUCUACAACAUCACCCUGACCCUCGUCUCGUACUACCGCCCCCGGGAGGAGGAGUCCCUCCCGCACCCCUUGGCCCUGACACACAAGAUGGGGUGGCUGCAGCUCCUCGGGAGGAUGUUCGUACUCAUCUGGGCCACAUGCAUCUCCGUGAAAGAGGGCAUUGCCAUCUUCCUGCUGAGACCCUCGGAUCUGCAGUCCAUCCUCUCGGAUGCCUGGUUUCACUUUGUCUUUUUUAUCCAAGCUGUGCUUGUGAUACUGUCUGUCUUCUUGUACUUGUUUGCCUACAAAGAGUACCUCGCCUGCCUCGUGCUGGCCAUGGCCCUGGGCUGGGCGAACAUGCUCUACUACACGAGGGGGUUCCAGUCCAUGGGCAUGUACAGCGUCAUGAUCCAGAAGGUCAUUUUGCAUGAUGUUUUGAAGUUCUUGUUCGUAUAUAUCGUUUUUUUGCUUGGAUUUGGAGUAGCCCUGGCCUCACUGAUCGAGAAGUGUCCCAAAGACAACAAGGACUGCAGCUCCUACGGCAGCUUCAGCGACGCGGUGCUGGAACUGUUCAAGCUCACCAUUGGCCUGGGUGACCUGAACAUCCAGCAGAACUCCAAGUAUCCCAUUCUCUUUCUGUUCCUGCUCAUCACCUACGUCAUCCUCACCUUCGUUCUGCUCCUCAACAUGCUCAUUGCCCUGAUGGGCGAGACUGUGGAGAACGUCUCCAAGGAGAGCGAGCGUAUCUGGCGCCUGCAGAGAGCCAGGACCAUCUUGGAGUUUGAGAAAAUGUUACCAGAAUGGCUGAGGAGCAGAUUCCGGAUGGGAGAGCUGUGCAGAGUGGCCGAGGAAGAUUUCCGACUGUGUUUGCGGAUCAAUGAGGUGAAGUGGACUGAAUGGAAGACGCACGUCUCCUUCCUUAACGAAGACCCGGGGCCUGUCAGACGAACAGCAGAUUUCAACAAAAUCCAAGAUUCUUCCAGGAACAACAGCAAAACCACUCUCAAUGCCUUUGAAGAAAUAGAGGAUUUCCCGGAGACGUCGGUGUAGAAGCGGAACCGGAGCUGGCGUGCGCGUGCGCUGUCUGGCGCUGCAGGCGGAGUCACGGCCUCUGCGGAGAGGCUUUGCGGGGUGAUGGAGGUCGCCUUUGCUGGUCUCGAAGCAGAGUGCACCCUCAUGUUCAGUGCUCAGUGGGUGUCUGAACUGAGGGGCAGUUGUUAGUUUGUCUGAGUGGGAAACAUCCUGGAUUUUGUUACUGGGCAAGGAGUUGGUGUAAACCUACAGCCAGCAGCAGUCUGGAGCCUGGGAGCCUCCUGAAGUCCUGGGGAAGCCUCUGAUUUUACCAGUUGCAGGUGGGUUUGGCUGGCAGAGAUGGGUGGCAGGGAAGGGGCAGGAGCCUUGAGGAGCAGGGAGAGGCGCCUUUCCUCCUGCCAGCUUCCCCCUGUCAGCCCCAGCCCCAGCCCACACGUUGUGCCUUCUCUCCUGCUGUGACUGGGUUGCCUGAAUUUGGGGAGACCCUUGAUCCCAUCCCAGAGUGUGCCGGGGGACGGAGGUAAGCCGGAUAUCCUGGGGGAGGAAGGGAAUGAGCUCUGGAAACAUCCUUCCGGAACCCUUCAGGGAAAAGGAGACCAUCCUUGGAGUGAACAUCCCCUGACGCCCCAAGGUUCACCCCGUCUCAAGCUGAGACAGGUUUUUAGUAGCAUGAGUAACACAGGGUUUUAAUUUUUCAAUAUGGAAAAGACAUUUCAGUUAAGAAUGAAAAUUACUACAAUGAAGUAUGUGAUUUUCAAAGUGGAGACAGAUUGGGAGCUUUGGGGCUGGAUGUAAGUAUUAUAUAUUUGGCCUCAGGGUGCCCAGAGCCAGACAAAAAGCUUUUCUUCACACACACAAAAGUCUGCAUGAGACACGCCGGGCAAGUCCCGCUGGGCCACUGCGAUCUGGGUGAAAGGGCCUGGCUCUUGUCCGUGUCCUGGCCUCGCAGUAGCGCCUGCCUCUGCGCUGGGAUCUUGGCUUCAGCUGAAGCAGAAAUAGCAGCUGCUCGAUCGAUGCCAUCUUAGAACUCAGCAGUUAGUCGCAUACCUCAGUAUGUCUCAGUGGGGGAAUUUAACAAAAUGCCUCAACUGCUUUGGUAUGAAGUAUUUUUUUUUUUUAACUGUGAAUUUUGAAGCUGAAGGGGGAGCUUGUGAGAGAGAAGCCUUUGCCAAGACUUUGGGCUUAUUUUUAGGUCCUCAUCCUCUGAUGUUCUCCUUCUGAAAUGACACAGAGUCAGUCUGGGGGCAGAGGUGAAGUGGAGAUGGAAGGAUUUGCCAGGUGACUGGGGCCGGAACCACCAGAAAAUCCACUCUGCCACCAUUAGCUAGUGAAAGGAUUCAUGUAAAAAUGUUCCAGGUGGAAUUAUAAAAAUAGUAACCGUGAAUGUUAAUCUUAAAUGGGAGGAAUAGAAAUUUGACCUUCAGAUAACACGGCGAUGGAUUAGUUCAUCUGGCUUGAGGCAAGCUAAGGAGUGUGGACCUGGCAGUGCACUCUGGGCCAGUUGCUCUGCUCUGGGCCACUCCGUGUGCCAGACUAGCUGGGCAGAUAGAGACUCUGUGCCCCUGAUGGGUCUGGUUGGGGAGAGGUGGGCUGGGGUGUGUGCGGCUUCACAAUCCACAGCAGCCCCUG